UGCUGGUUGCAACCUAAUUGGUGCCAUGGCGCAGACGCUCUCACGCAGUGACGCCAAAAACAAGAUCAACCGCGGUGCGUUUCACCGCAAGGUUGUUCUGGAAGUUGUGACGCAGUAUGGAGACUUGCUGUGCUAUGCACAGCCCAAGCAUCAAAGGGACAAAGAAGUGGUGUUGGCAGCCGUGGCCAGCAGCAGUUGGGCGGUGAAAUAUGUUGCAGAAGACCUGCUACAGGAUGACAACUUCGCACUGGAUAUGAUUCGCGCCAAUCCUAUGGCCCUCCGGAUGCUGCCGGAGCGCUGCCGCCAUGACCCCGACAUGGUCCUUGCUGCUGUGAGUGGGGAUGGGCGCUGCCUGUCUUUGAGUUCCCUGCAGCAAGAUGAGGACUUUGUGCGCGAGGCAGUUUGCUGCAGUGCCGAAGCUUUGCAAUUUGCUCCAGAGCCUCUGAAGGCAGACUUUGACCUCGUCGUCUCCGCGGUUUCUGCGGAUGGCCGGGCCUUGCGCUUUGCCGCGCCUGAGCUCCGCAGCGAUCGGCAGGUGGCGCUGGCGGCGGUGGAGGGCUGCGCAGGAGCCAUGGCGCACGUAGGUGAAGAGCUGCGCGGCAAUCGUCAUUUUGUGUUGGAAGCUCUUCGCCUACAGGGAACUGCUUUGGAGUAUUUGCCGGACUUUCAGGAUGAUGAGGAAGUUGUGCUUGAAGCGCUAGCAUCGAACAGCGGAGCUCUGCGCUUCUCGACCCUGAAGUCUCAGCGAAGCUUCGCCCUCCUUGCAGUAGAGACAGCAGGUAUGAGCCUUGAGCAUGUAUCUGCGGAACUUCUUGAAGAUAAGCAAGUGGUCCUUGCUGCAGUGACAUCCAAUGGCUUGGCAUUACAAUUUGCGAGUCAGACAUUGAAGGAUGAUGAGGAAGUGGUGUGGUGCGCCGUGAAUCAGGACCCUGCUGCGCUGUCCUUUUCGACGUUUCAAACGAACAAAGCUUUCCUGAUUCGUUGUGCAAAGGGCGGCUGCUACUCCACCUUGGAUUUUGCCGAUAGAGGCCUUACAUCGGACAAAAACUUUGCCCUGUCGUUGCUCUCUGUGGACGUUGCCACUCUGCAGCAUCUCAGCGAAGGGCUCCGCAACGACUGCGAGGUUCUCUUGCACGCCGCGGCCCUCAGUGAGCAAGACUUUGGAGGAGACAAGGACUUCUGUGACCAGGCCCGACGGCUGUGCAGCGCCUUGGCUAUGGUGAGACGCCAUCCCAACAGCAGGAACAUUGUUCUUCGAGCAGUCGGCUGGCAUCCUUUGUCUUUGUGGUAUGCAUCAUCUGAACUGCAAGAGGAUCCUGACUUUCAAGAACAGGCAGCUUGGCUGAUUGCCAGCAAAGAUGGCCAAGGACUGGAUGUGGUCUCUGUUGCACAAUGAACAGAACGCAAGGCAAUUGGCCACUUGGCCAAGGCACUUGGCCGCAACAACUGAGUAAUUUGCUUUGUCGAGAGAAUUCCCAACAACCUGGCUUUGCAGGAACAACUUGUUCCACGAGCCAUUUCGUUUGGCAUUUUUUUUCACCUUACUGUAGCAUCAGUACUUUCGCGCGGAAGAACUGCUUGAGACGUGCUGAGGCUAAAA